AUGGCAGACGACGAUGUAGAAGAUACAUCUCCAUCAGCAUCUCAACCAUUUUUUAUUCGUGGUGGAUUUCCUUUUGUAUUUCUUCCAACAACAUUUACAACAGGUUUCACUGGUGCAAAUAACCAUACACGUGUUCCUACGACUGAUGAUCAAACAAAAACUGAAUCAAAAAAGAAAGAAGUGAAUGACGAGAACAGUGAAGAAAUAAAAGUCGAAGAAGGAGUAGAAACUAUUGAGAAUGAUGAAACAGACCACAAAAAUGAGAAUGACGAUAAUUCAGAUGAAAAUAGUGAUCUUCGUAUUAGUCAACCCGAAUAUAGUCAAUUAUUAAAAGGACUUGAUUUCAGUCACGCAAGAAUGGUUGAUGUAACAGAUCUUUUACCUGAUGAACUUGAUCAACAAGAAAAUAGCUUAACAAAAAAUAAAAAUGAGAAUCUCGAAAAAGUCUUUACCAAUACAAAAUAUCAAAGUUCAUCAUCAGCCGAUUCAUCAAUAUCAAGUGAUGACGUAUUAAAUAAUCAAGCAUCAAAUAAUAAUCAUGAUACACAUGAUAAUCAAGGAAACGAAGAUGCGAAAUUAAAAAAUGCUGCUAAUGAUAUACAAGAUGAUUUAAAUAAUUUAGCUGCUAUUAUCCAAGCAGCAUCACAAUUACCCGUUGAUAAUAAUGAAGAAGAAAAUAAUGAUAAUUAUUUACAAAAACGGCAUACUUUUGAUGAAGAUGAUGAUACAAGUAAACAAGCAACACAAAAUUAUGAUCUCAAUGAUUUUGAGCAAGAGGAUAUAGUGCCAUCAUCAAGAUCCAACAAAAUGCCUCGUUUUAUUAGUCAACAACAUUCAAAUGAUAUUCAAAAUGAAAAUAAAUCAUCUACAAUAUACGUAGAUAUGAAUACAAAUAUUCAUACUGAUACUCAAAAUCAAACAAAUGAAAAACAAGAACAAGAAGGAUUUAUGACUUGGGAUAAUUUAGUUUAUGGGGCCAAUCCAGUUAGAGAACCAGCAAAUGAAAUAAUAUUUUCUCAACCAAUUGUUGAUUCCCAUUUAACACCUAAAAAGCCACAAGAACAAAAUCCAUUACUAUCUUCAGAAGAAAGAAUUAAACAACGUUUAAAUUUAUCAACACAACAAACGACUCAUCAUCGAAUUCGUCAGGUAAUAUCAUCAUCAUCAUCAUCAUCAUCAGAUACAGAUUCUGUUAUUCAAUAUGCAUUACAUCGUCCAAAACAAAAACAAUCAUCACCACCAUCAUCACAACAACAACAACAGCAGCAACAAGCGACAUUACCAAGAUUUCUACCACAAACAUUAAGACAAGAUAGUCAAGCAACAUUAAUUGAUGAAAAUCUUGAUGAUUUGAGUAGUCAAUUAAAACAAGCUCUUAUUGAUCCAGAACGACAAACACUUAAUACAAGUACAAAAGAAGAACGAACAAUAGAUGGAAUUGGAUCAAUGUCAUUACCAUUAUCAACACCAGAUAUACUUUCAACUAAUUUGGUUGAUAAUGCUGCAUCAAAUCGAAUAAAUAUUAAUUUAGGUCGACAUUUAUCAAAUGAACAAAUAAAUUAUGAUCAACAACGUUAUCAACAUUUAUCUGACAUUCCUGAAAGUUCAAAUCUACAAAGAAAAAACACUCAUCCGUAUCAAAGACAUGUAACAUCAUGUCAUUUUGAACGCAAAGAUGGAAGUGGCUCACGAAAACCGGAUGAUAAUUGGUUAUCUAUGCUUGAGAGACUUGAAUAUGAACAUAAAGCACGUUUAGAAAAACAACAACAACAGUAUGAAAGUUCAAUGCAUAAUCUUGAAGAAAAAAUGAAACGUCGUUUUGAUGAUUAUCUUACAUUAACGAAUGGUUUUCAAGAAUCAAGAUUAGAUAAUCAUGAUGAUACAGUACAUAUAUAUCCUACACCUUCAUCAGUACCAAUUGAUUCAAAUAUUGGAAGAUAUAAAGAUCAUUCAUAUCAUCAUCAUCAUCAUCGAACAUUAGCUAAAGAUCUUAUUUCUCAUUAUUAUCCAGCCGAUUCAACACUUAAUAUUCUUACAUCAGAAAAAAGACGAUCCAUGGGUACAAAUAAUGUACCACGAUCUCGAUCAAGAGAAGACAUUGCCAAUCUCCGAACAGAACUUUCUGCUCUACAUGCAAAACAUAUAGCUGAUUUAAAAUUAUAUUAUGAAUACGAAAUAAAUGAACUUAAAAGUCAAUUAAAUAGAACAAGAAUGGGUCAAAAAUCAAGUAGUACUCGUCAAUCAAUGGAAACUACCGGACGAAUAAAUAAUGGCAAUAUUCGUUUAAAUGAUGAAAUAAACGAAUUACGUCAUUCAUUUAAAACAGCAGAAGAAGAAAAUAUUUUACUUAAAAAACAAUUAGAAGAAUUACGUGAACAAUUAAAUAAGAAAGAUCUUGACCUUAAAAAUUAUCAUCAUACAAUAAUUGAUCUUGAAAAACAAUUAAGCGAAGCUGAAAACACAAAAGAGCGACAAGAUGAAAAAUUCCGUCAUGCAGACAGACAGGCAUUACUUUAUCGGGAAGAAAAUGAAAAGAUCAAGACCGAUCUUAAUCUUACAAGGGAACGUCUUCUUCGACUUGAAGAACGUUAUAGUGAACAAGAAAAUGAAAAUGAAAUUCUACGACGACAAAUAUUUAUGUUAGAAAAUGAUAAUAAUCGAAUAAACAAUCGAAUAAAUGAUGAUCAUAAAUUCAGUUCAACAAUGGCUUUAAAUCAGACAACAUCAGGAGAAUACGGACGUUUUACAUUAGGAACAACAAGACAUACGUCACCGACAUUGAAUAUAUCAAGAGGUACAAAUAUUGAUUCUCGAAGAUAUCGAUCAAAUGAUGCUGAGAAUUCAAUACAUCAUCUUCAUUCACCAAGACCAAUGACAAGAAUUAGUGAUUAUCUUAAUGAGAAACCUUCUUUUCCUCCGCCAUAUGUACCUCCAUCAAGACAUUCUUAUUCGCCAAGAAAACCUUCACCAAAUCGUCGUCGUGUUGAACCAAUGUCAAAUAGGACAUCAGUUGAUAGACAAUCGAGACAAAGUGAACAAUUAGAACAAAAAUUUGAUCAAUUAUUAAGAAAAAAACGUGAUUUAGAAGCUCGUCUUAAUCGUAUACCAUUACGAGGUUUAACUAAUAUUGAUCGACAAUUAUGUGAUGUACUUGAACGAGAAAUUGAACGUGUUGAACAACAAAUAUCAAGUGUUAAACUUGAACUUCGAAAAUUAACUGUUUUACGAACGCAUUAG